AUAUGUGAAUGUGUAUUGUAUUUUUUUCUGUAUGAGUUGGGCCCCAAAAUAGGAACUGUUAGUGUCUGAGUAUAUAGUUUUUAGACUUACACUAAUAAUUAAUAACUAUAUGGAACUAUCUAAAGAAACAAUCCUAAAUGAAUUGUCUUUAGCUACUGAUGUAACAAUAAUAAGCAUUGUUUACUUUUCUAUGAAUACAGGAUAACAAUUCAUAUAACAUGGAAAUGAAAAACAUACUUUCAAUUAGACGAGCAUCAUUUAAUGUGUUAAAAUCUGAGAAGGAUAUAUCUGAAAAUACCAUGGCUUUGGGAAAUCUAUCAAGAAGAAUUUCUAGUGUACUUCAUAAUCUAAAUCGGUCAGAAAAAAGUGGAAAUAUUUUUGUCCAGUUAGAUUCUAGACACCUGGCACAGAUGCAGCCAAAAGAUGAUGGCCAUAGUUCAGAAACUUUUACUAUAAAAGAACUUUACAGAUCAUCAGGAUUACAAUCUACAGAGACACUAGGGACAACAGGCUAUGCAACUAAUAGACAGCUAUCAAAAGGCUUAAAAUCAGACCAUCCAUGUUCAUUUUCUGCUGCACAAAUAAUUCAAAAGGAUUCCAAAAGCCAGCAGAUACAAGGACAGAACGGCCAAAAUUAUGGGGAAAAAGCAUCUUUUCAGAAACAAACAGCAGUAUGCUCUGGUUCAGACCAAACAUUUUCUGAAGAUUUCCAGGAAGGGCUGUCUCUUAGUCAAAAAUCUGCCAUUUUUUGUCAGUCUAUUCUUGGAAAGCCAGUAACACCAUAUAAAUCACAAGCAGUGAAGCUGAAAGAUGAACAGGACUAUUCUCAAAUAAAGUAUUCUGAUUUCUUAACUGAUUUUCAUGAUGUCAGCAAAGAACAGAUAGCCUUUCCAGAACCAUUGCAGGCAGAAAUUUUGAAAAGUGGACUUGAAGGUGGACCAUCAGAAUACGUAUGUCAGGUAGAUCCAGUCGAAAAUCUCAUAGGGCAAUUGAGGAGUGAACUAUUUUUUCUUAGAUCACAGGUGAGGCUUCUCCACUAUACCUGUAAGUUUACCUUUUGUAAUUAUUAAAGAAAAUAUAUUCAGUGACAGAUAACAGACAAUGUACAUUUUUUAUUUUCUGUGUUUCAACUUGAUUAAAGUAUAUAAGACAGUUCCAUUCCAGCACAUUUAAGGUUUCUGUAAUAAAACAUAGAAAGUUCUUUAAAUAUAAAGCCACCAGAAUCACAACUGCUUCUUAGUCAAUAUGUAGACAGCAGAAGUGUAAAAGAGUUUUUUGGUUUUUUUUUAAAUGAAAACAAGAUUAGAGAGCUUUUUAGUUCUGUGGUCAGUUUUGUUUUUUGCAGAAGUUUAACUUUUGAGAAGUUUAACUUCUCCCCCUUCCAAUCUUAUCUUUCAGACUCCCUCAUGACUGUAGUGUUCCCUCCAUUCUUAUAUUUUAGUUUCAGUUAAGCAACAAGCCACAGUAGCAUGAGGCAUAGGUGCCAACUCUAUGGGUGCUCCCAGGGUUGGAGCACCCACAGAAAAAAAUUAGUGGGUGCUUAGCACCCACCAGUAGCCAGCUCCCUGCCUCCUCCCUAGCACCUCCUGUCCACUUGUGGCCUCACCAAUCAACUCCGUCCCAGCGCCUCCCGCCCUCUGCGAUCAGCUGCUCUGUGGUGUGCAGGAGGCGCUGGGAGUGAGGGGGAGGAGCGGG